GAAAAAUGUCGACGAAUGUAGUUGCAUGCGGGAUCGACUACAUCAACAAUCACACCGAUGUAUGCGCCGACAAGAUAAUCAUGCAUUACAGUGUGACCUGCAAAAUAUGGGAUGGUGACUUCCACCACAAAAUCCUGAGGAACAAUUUUGCACAACACGGUGACUUCAAGCUCACACUGAAGAAAUAUGUCAUGUUCCCCAUGUUCCAGGAGCUUGCACCACACGACCGACACGACAAGUGUGGUCACCACUAUGCGGUCUGUCUUGAGCUGAAGAACCAACGUAUCGAGGUGCUUGAUUCAAUCCGUUCGGAAGCUGAUGCAGACCUUACUACGCAUGCUGAACUCUUCAUCAAGAACCUCAAAGAGACUUGGAACCGUCACUACGAACAUUCAAAGGUCCAGAUCAGGCAUUUCCCGACUGAGUAUGUGGCGACUGUGAAGCAAGGGAACACAUAA